GUUUACUUCCGCCAUCAUGUGAAUACAGCAUCCCUGCAAAUAACUCUCCUGUCCUCCACUUGCACACAUUGCCUGGGAAGAGUGCUGAGGAUAAAGAGUUGCACACGUCACUUGGGAAGACUGCUGGAAAUAAAACAGACAUUUACAAGUUAUUGCUAUGUCACGAAGGAAGAACUACAAAACUCCCGAAGAAAUGAGUAACAGCCUAAACCAGCAAUACGAGGACAAAGUACGUCCCUACAUUGAUCUUGUGGACAGUCUGAGGACACUGGGAGUAGAGAAAGACCUCAACUUGCCAGCUGUGGCUGUUAUAGGUGAUCAGAGUUCAGGAAAGAGUUCUGUAUUGGAGGCCCUUUCAGGGGUAGCCUUGCCUAGAGGAACAGGUAUAGUGACGCGCUGCCCUUUGGUAUUGAAACUAAAGAGAAAUGAAAAGGAUGACACAUGGUCUGGAGUUCUAACAUACAAGGAUCAAAUCAAGAACCUCCACAAGCCAUCAGACGUGGGGAUUGCUGUUUCACAUGCUCAGAAUGUCUUGGCCGGGGAGGGGAAGGGAAUCAGCCAGCAGAUGAUCUCUCUAGAGAUUAAAUCCAAAGAAGUUCCUGAUCUUACCCUUAUUGACCUGCCAGGCAUAGCCAGGGUGGCAACAGGUGACCAGCCAGUGGACAUUGAAAAGCAGAUCAAAGAACUUAUUGAGAAAUUCAUUAAAAGACAAGAAACUAUUAGCCUGGUGGUCGUGCCUGCAAACAUCGACAUUGCCACCACGGAAGCACUGAAAAUGACACACAAAGUGGAUCCAAAUGGACAAAGAACUCUGGGAAUCCUUACCAAGCCUGACUUGGUGGAUAAAGGUGCAGAGGAGAGUGUUGUAAAUACAGUAAAUAACCAGGUGAUCCCACUGAAGAAGGGUUACAUGAUCGUGAAGUGCCGUGGCCAGCAAGACAUUAAUGAGAAUCUGACUCUGUCGAAAGCUCUUCAAAAUGAGCAAGUCUUUUUUGAGGAACAUCCACAAUUCAGACCACUCUUGGAGGAAGGGAAAGCCACAGUGCCUGUACUUGCAGAAAGAUUGACCAAGGAACUGGUAGAACACAUAGAAAAGCUACUUCCACAGUUGCAGAAACAAGUUGAGGACAAAUUGGAAAAAACAGCUACUGAGCUAAAACGGCUUGGAGAUGGAGUUCCUCGAGAGGAAAUUGAGAGAAACAAAUUUCUUAUUGAGAAAAUCAGCAACUUUAAUGAAGUUCUUACUGAUAUGAUGAGGGCAGAGGAAAACACCCAUAACUUAAAGCCUAAAGUUUUUACUAAAAUCAGAAAAGAGUUUGCAAAAUGGAAACGUGAGCUGGAUGACAAGGUUAUCAAACUUGAAGAAAACCUUCGGGAUGAAGUUGAAGAGUACUCCAAGAACUGUAGGGGAAAGGAGCUUCCUGGAUUUGUUAAUUACAGAACUUUUGAAAACAUGGUCAAGAAACAUAUACAGGAAAUGGAGGAGCCUGCUAUAGAGUUACUGAGAAACACCAUUGAAAUUGUUCACUCUUUUGUGAACAAGGUGGUCAGGUCCCAUUUUGAGGCAUUUCCCAAUCUGCUGAGGGCAGCUAAAGAGCCGGUUGAGGACCUCCUUGAGCAAGAGCAUGGAAAAGCCCUAGAGAAAAUACAAUCUCAAUUCAAAAUGGAGAAGAUUGUCUAUUCACAAGAUGACCUCUACAGCCGCCAGCUAGAUGCUGUCAAAUUUAAACUAGAACAAGUCAGGAAUCAUUCGAACAUAGCUUUCAACAAGUCAGUAAAUGCUGAUGUCAGGGAGAUGGCUCAGCACCUAAAAGCCUAUUUCAUGAUCACCUCUGACCGUCUGGCCAACCAGUUGCCCCUCAUUGCGCAGUACCAUGUGCUGGACCAGUAUCUCUCUCAGCUUCAGGCCGCCAUGUUGAGCAUGAUUGGAGGCCAGAAUGCUGAGAAACUUAUUCGAGAAGAUUCGUCGGUAGCUCAUCGUAGAAGUUGCUUGAAGGACCGCUUGGAGCGUCUGAGAAAAGCACGCCAGCUCUUAUCCAAGUUUAACUGCCAGUCUCCUAGUUCUAAUUAACAAGCAUCAUAAGGAGCAUUCACCUUAAGGGCUGGAGAUUUCUAUUGUUUUACAGUUUCUGUUCACUGUACUGUAUCUUUGCGAUUAUUUUAUUAAAGUUAAUUAGCUUAAACAUAUAAUACACAUGUUAACAUUAAAUGCUUUUAUCUUGCAUGUGAAGGUAAAGAAGCAUCUAGACUGAUAACCAAAACAAAUAAAAAUAACUUAUACACUAAAAA